CUCCGCAACCAGGGCCAUCUUUGGUCGUCCUCGCCCGCCGGUGACAGUCCGUGUGGACGAUAUUUCUCAUUGGUUCUGCAUGACCGGUUGUUAAUAAAUAAGAUUUUAUUGUAAGGAGACGUUUAAAGUCGCCGCGCCGAGAUAGACAGACUCUCGCUUGUUUUGGAGUCACUGGCGUUCCUUCCCUUCUUUAUUUCUCAAGGCAAAAAGAGGGCGAGACACGGGAGAGGCGGUGAGACAACAUGGAUGAGGAAUAUGAUGUGAUCGUUCUGGGUACCGGACUCACAGAAUGCAUUCUGUCUGGGAUCAUGUCCGUGAAUGGGAAGAAGGUUCUGCACAUGGACAGGAACCCCUACUAUGGAGGGGAGAGCUCUUCUAUUACCCCUCUGGAGGAGCUUUACAAGCGCUUCAGUCUCUCGGAUAGCCCACCAGAGUCCAUGGGCAGAGGAAGGGACUGGAAUGUUGACCUCAUCCCCAAGUUUCUCAUGGCCAAUGGUCAGCUCGUGAAAAUGCUGCUGUACACAGAAGUGACACGAUACCUGGACUUCAAAGUUGUGGAGGGAAGCUUCGUCUACAAGGGAGGAAAGAUCUACAAGGUGCCGUCGACUGAAACCGAGGCAUUAGCUUCAAAUCUGAUGGGAAUGUUUGAAAAGCGAAGGUUUCGCAAGUUUCUAAUCUUUGUGGCCAACUUUGAUGAGAAUGACCCCAAGACCUUUGAGGGCGUGGACCCUAAAACCACAACGAUGAGGGAUGUUUACAAGAAGUUUGACCUGGGCCAGGAUGUGAUCGACUUCACCGGCCACGCCUUGGCCCUCUACCGCACAGACGAGUACCUCGAUGUUCCCUGUUUGGAAACGAUCAACCGCAUCAAACUGUACAGUGAAUCCCUGGCACGUUAUGGCAAGAGCCCCUACCUGUACCCCCUCUAUGGUUUGGGAGAACUUCCGCAGGGAUUUGCCAGGUUGAGUGCAAUCUACGGAGGAACGUACAUGCUGAACAAGCCAGUGGAUGAGAUCGUGAUGGAGGGUGGGAAAGUGGUUGGAGUCAAGUCCGAGGGCGAGGUGGCUCGCUGCAAGCAGCUCAUCUGCGACCCCAGCUACAUCUCGGAUCGUGUCCGUAAGGCGGGUCAGGUGAUCCGUGUCAUCUGCAUCCUCAGCCACCCCAUAAAAAACACCAAUGACGCCAACUCCUGUCAGAUCAUCAUUCCUCAGAAUCAGGUCAACCGUAACUCAGACAUCUAUGUGUGCAUGAUCUCCUACGCCCACAACGUGGCGGCCCAGGGCAAGUACAUCGCCAUCGUCAGCACCACAGUGGAGACCGCUGAACCCGAGACCGAGAUUGAGCCGGCUCUGGAGCUGCUGGAGCCCAUUGACCAAAAGUUCGUGGCCAUUAGUGACCUCUACGAACCCACAGAUGACGGUACCGAGAGCCAGGUCUUUGCCUCCAGGUCCUACGACGCCACGACUCACUUUGAAACCACCUGCAACGACAUCAAGGACAUCUACAAACGUAUGACCGGCACCGACUUUGACUUUGAGAACAUGAAACGCAAACAGAACGACGUGUUUGGGGAGGAUGAGCAGUGAGAGGGAGGGGGGGGGGGGGGCACGGUCGGAGGGGCUUCUAAGGGAGGAAGGCGGAGUCAGACAAGGUAACUGAGGCGAUGAGGAGCCAUGGCUUCCUGGGUUUGCUGUGGUUGGUGUGAAGCCUCUGUUUACCUUUGUCUCUCUCUCUCUCUCUCUUUCUCUCUACACACUGGAACAUUCACAAACACACACAUUUCAAACACUCCCUUUCCGUCGCAGCAAAGCAGGGUUGACAUGCAGUUUCAUUCCAUCGUAGACUCAGCAGUAUAAUCAUGUAUUUAGCUUUAGAGGUGAUUUUAUUACUUGUUACGGAUUUCUGAGCAUUUCAUUCCCUUCAUCAUGUCGUUCCCCGUCAGAGAUCAGCUGAUGGCGUUGAUGAGUCUGAGCUCUGUGGGGUAGAGUCAUCCCAAGGGAACGCCUUCAGUCGGCAUGCAAGCAUUCCUAGACGUGGUAGAGUUGUACAUAGACUGAAAAGGCUGGAUCAUUCCACACACACCACCCCCGUCAGCCCUGCCUUCACCUCUCUCACGUGGGCUUUUACCUGCGUUACUUUAGUAGACUCUGCUCAUUUUGGCAAAUAUCUGUAAUCUAAGGUGACUCGUAAACGAGCUGCUCUGUCAGCUGAUAGCACUCACUUUGCAAUGCUGUCGUGUUCCCCGUGCUAGCAGGCAAGCUAACCAGUGGCUAUUACCUGUCACACACACACACACACACACUCAAAAAACAAACAAAAAAAGAAUAAAAACACUAGUUUCUUUUGUUUCUCUCAGUUGUGUAAUGUCAGUUUUGAAACUGAAUAGUUUACUUUCUAACUUGUUAAAUUAUUGAAGAGUUUUAUUUCUAUGUGACGGGUUUCGCUGGCUGAAGUUAUGAAGUUUACAGAGCAGCUAUUUGAAACUGUGGUCUUCUAGCGUGGCUUAGAAACGGGAGCGUGGGGAGCAGAAGGGGGGCAGAGCGGGCGGGCGUCAGGUCGGGUGAGGCUUCCUGUGAAGCCCACUAGAACACGUGAACUAACCGACGGGAGUGUCGCCUGGGGGAAGGAACGCGCGUGAGGAAUGUUGAGGUUUUUUUUUCGUAUGGAACAAGGAUGAAGACUGAAAUUUCAGCUCACAGUGAAACCUCCAGACUGCGUCUUGGAUGUCUGAGCCCUCGUGUUUGGUGUAGUAUGUUUGUUGAGUAAUGCGUGGCAUUGCUCAUGGGACCUAAUCCUCGUAGGUGUGAAGCAGAAGGAGAAGUUAGAAACUCCCCUAAUUCAAGGACUGGGUCGCCUAGCUAAUAAAUGAAACCACGUUCCCUUUCGCAGCUAAAAACAUGCUUUUAUGUGGUUCGAACCUUCAUUCGGGCUCUAUUUAGUUGACAUUUCGGCUUCUAAAGAAAAGCGUUGCUUCGUUUUAACUAACAAGUCAGUCUUGUGCCAAAAACGGCGUUUCUGUUCUUGGCAGAGCUUGCUGACAGCAUUAAAAGUGAACCCCUGCUGUGUGUGCGGAGCAGGGGGUAUUUUCUACCACAGCCGGGGUGUUGUUAUACAUCUGAGUGGAGACCAUGCAUCUUUUCUCUGCAGCACACCUUACAGCUUAAGAGGAAAACAGACCAGUUACUGCUAUUGUUGGCUUUAGAAGCAGCUUCAUCUCACUUUUUCCCGCCGUGAUGGAUCUUUCAGGAGCUCUAAACAAACGUGUGUCAUGUUUGGGGCGUUGCUGUGUCUUAUCCCUAUGAUCUAUUUAUUUAAUUUAGCGCUGACGCAACGUUAAAAGGUUUACGUCAAAUGCUGAAUUUGCCACGCUGUUAGUUUUAUUGUCAAAUGAAGAAAUGGAUUUUAAAAUUGAUGCACAUCCGGACGACGUUGUUGUUUAUUUGCUGUGUCACGUGUUUGGUUUGCCACAUUCUGCCGUCGUUCCACGAUUUAAACUUUCAGACGCAGGUUUUCGCUGAAGGUUAUGAGCAGCAGUGGAACUAAACAUCGCGCUCGAUCAUCCAGGAAACACUGUCUCCCAAUGAAAACUGGAAUAUUGUUUACUUUCCAGAUCCUAGAUUUCUUUGAAACCCUUCAUCCGAUGCUGUCCUCUCCUUUUUUUAAUCACUGAAAACAAAAGCCUCGUGUGCGGUUCUACUGUUUAAUUUUCAUCCAGUAUGGCCUUUGAAAGCACCAUCGACGACACCCCUUCAAAAUGACAAAAGACAUAGUCCAGGCUGAGUAGUAGAAAACUUUAACUGUCCUUGUUUGAUCACUAGUAUGUGAACAAUGCCUAACGUCUUGUGUAACAAUUAAAAUAUGAAUGAAAUGAUAGAAAAUAAACAAGCACAUGACAAACCUGAA